GCCAUGUAGAAUAUGCACCACAUGUGGUUACUGGUAGUGGUAGGUAUGAUUCCAUUGCAAAAAGCGAUAGAAAACCACUUAUUGGCAGGUGGAAGAAGGUGCAUAUCCCACUACACCAGAUCCCACAUGCUUUCUUUUAUGCGCCUGGCGCCAACAGACUUCCACUCUCUCCUCUUUGGGUCUCAAUGUCUUGGGCUUGAAAGCCCAAACCCAAUGACACAUUAGGAUCGGGAUCUGGAUCCUUUAUGGUUUGUCUUCUUCCUCGGCACACUUACACACGUACGAGGCCCCAAUCAACUGGGUAUCUGCCACGUGUGAAGGCCACAGAACCGAACAGAGUAUGAGUGAGAGAGGAAGAGAGAGAGAGAGAGAGAGAGAGAGAGGUCUAUUUGGUGGUGGAGUGAAAAAAAGAACAACAAAUGGAAGCCAACUAGAACAACACCACCACCAUACCGGAAGGAAGAGCAAGCUACAAACCAAAACACCAUUAAACAACUUCCCCGCAAACUAAAAUUAAUAUUCCUUCUUCUCUUUCUGCGUCUUCUGUUCCAUCUCUGUUUCCCCAAUUUCCUCUCUUUCGUAGAACUACUCCUCUUAACCCCCAAAAAAACUGCCUCUUCUCCUCUCUCCGUUCCUUCCUUCGGUUGCAUCAACCUAAGUGACACCUCUGCUUCUUCACCCAUCUGCGGGAUUUCCUGCCUUCUCCAGUAUUUUACUCUUUGUCAAUAGUAGCAGGAGUCAGGGGCUCAGAGGUUUCCAAAGAGAGUCAGAAAAAGGAAUUCUUUUGCGAGGAAAUAUUAGAUCCAAAAGUCUUCGCUUUUUUGAAUCUGCUCUUCAUGGAGCAGCUCGUCAACUUUAUCAUACGCCCGCCCAGAGCUGAAUACAAUCCGAAACAUGAUUUGUUGGAGCAGGAGUUCAUGCUGCGAGGGAAAUUAUACCAGAGAAAGGAUGUUGAGAUUAAGAACAACAGAGGAGAUGUUCUUCAGUGCACUCAUUAUGUCCCCAUCGUGAGUCCUGAAGGAAAGCCAUUGCCCUGCGUAAUUUAUUGCCACGGAAACAGUGGGUGCAGGGCUGAUGCAAGUGAAGCUGCUAUCAUACUCUUGCCUUCCAAUAUCACAGUUUUCACUCUUGAUUUCUCUGGAUCCGGUCUCUCUGGUGGAGAUCAUGUUACCUUAGGAUGGUAUGAAAAAGAUGACCUGAAGUCAGUUGUUGAUUAUUUGAGACAAGAUGGGAAUGUCUCUUUGAUCGGGUUGUGGGGCCGAUCAAUGGGUGCUGUCACCAGCCUAAUGUAUGGGGCACACGACCCUUCAAUUGCUGGAAUGGUGCUGGACAGUCCCUUUUCUGAUUUGGUUGAUUUGAUGAUGGAACUCGUGGACACCUACAAAUUCCGUUUACCAAGAUUCACUGUAAGCAGUUUUGAAUAUUGGGCAGUUCAAGUCUUGGUUUUACUGUUUCCUUACACCCAAUCUCUUGUGCUUUUUUCUCAGGUGAAAUUUGCUAUCCAGUACAUGAGAAAAGCAAUCCAGAAGAAGGCUAAAUUUGACAUAACGGAUCUGAACACUAUUAAGGUAGCCAAAUCUUGCUUUGUUCCGGCUUUAUUUGGGCAUGGGAUUGAGGAUUAUUUUAUACAGCCUCAUCAUUCCGAUCGGAUAUAUGAAGCAUACAUGGGAGACAAGAAUAUCAUCAAAUUUGAAGGAGAUCACAAUUCUCCACGCCCACAGUUCUAUUUUGAUUCGAUAAACAUCUUUUUCCACAAUGUGUUGCAACCUCCAGAUGAUGAGAUUGCAGGGCCUUAUUUGGACACAAUGAUGGAUUACUUUGGUAAGCAUAGUUGGAACAGUGACUAUGACAUAAGUGAUACCCCAGAAUCUUCAGUUUCACCAAAAGUGGCAGGACCGUCAACAAACAGCAGCACAGAAGAUGCUAUCAAGCAAGUCCGACUAAGAAGACCCAUGAGUCGGAUUGAGGUUCCCUCGGAUAUUCCAUCGACAGAAGACCAAUCCAAAAAUGAGGGCGGAGAAACUGACGAUAAUGAUCUAGUACCAUCGUCGUCUUCUCGAAUGAUUAGCUUCGAGCUGGCCUCCAAUGGGAAUCCAUAUGGUCCACAUGUUCCGACAGCGCCAGAUGAUGAUCAGUACGUAGAAUACCAACUGGAGGACUUGUCAGCCGCCCCAUCUAACGCAGAGGAGGAAGAAAGGAUGCUGAUGGAAGCAAUCAUCGCAUCCUUAAAGGACAUGGAUGUACCAGCAAACUCCACUGGUACAGAAUUAUCUCUAAGUGCAGCAGUAACAGCUGCAUCAGAUGUCCAGACUAGUGAUUCAAAAGAGGAGCUGCUACAAGUGGUUUCAAAAUCGGCAGAAUCAACAUCCUCUUCUUCGUCGAGCAAUGGUGAAGCUUCGAGUGCAGAACGUCCAUCUUCCAUAGUGGAAUCAACGACGACAGCAACAAGUCGUGGUGACACUACAUCAACUGGCAGCAUUGUGGAGACUGACUUGUCUGGUAAGACAAAAGCGACACUGACAGUAGAACGGAACCCUAUGAACCAUAACAUUAUGGAUGGUAUAAUGCGGCGUUGGGAUUUCAGCCUGUUCAGAAACAACCGAUGAUGAAAAGACGAAGGGGGGUAAACGAGCUUAUGAGGUUCCUGCUCCCCUGAUUGAAGUUGGAGAUUCGUUUGUUCUGUAAUUAAAGAUAGAAUCAGGGUGGUUUUUUUUUCCUAGUAGAUUUGUGUAAAGGUGCUUUUGAGAAGAAAGCGAAAAAAGAAACAGAAGAAGAAAGAUGAUGAUCAUGGUUUCUGCUACUUCUAUUGAUUCCUCUGAUGCAAAGGAAAAAGGAAGAAAUUUGUAAUGGUUUACUCUCACUGUGGCCGUGUGGAGCUGUUUGAUUGAUUGAUUGAUUUUGUGCUUUCACGAUCCUCUUUCCGCCUUUUUCCUGUGGAACUAAGGCAUGCUUUG